UUACCCAUUCAGAAUCUUUCAGCGGCCGAACGAGUGGAUCAGGCGCUCAUAUUGUGAGGCGGGGAGUGAAUCUAUACGGUAGAGCGAGCCUUUCACCUGCAGAACAGGACUUGAGCGAGAUCACGCCGCAGAGUUACACUAGGCGAAAUGCGUGGCACUCCCUGCUAAGCCUCCUACUUUGCCCGAUCUGUACUGGCUAAAGGUGAACAUUGUGACAAUCGGAAGGACGGACUAAACCACAAACUGUACCACGACGGGGAGGCUCUUCAAAUAAACGUCUCUCAUUGAUAAAAUGCACUGACAUGCCUGGCGGAAAAGCACAAGUGGGCGAGAUACACUCCUGACUUUUGCUAAAUCUACAAGAUUUCGGCUCGGUACUCUAGAAUUAGUAUUUUAAAGUUCCCAACUUGGGCUUCUGCACGGAGUGUGGAUUGAUCAACCCACGGUGUACCUGCUUGAUCAUCCUCUCUUCACUCCUGUGAUUUAUUAUUACCGCUAAACUAAUGCUAGAUAAAUUAAAGCCCGUUCUUUUUGAUUCGAUUAUGGCGAUGUGUAAGACCGCAGGCUGGCUUAAGGAACAGCUACAGGCAGGCAAUGACAGCCUGCUGGUGAUGGACUGUCGAGCACCGGAACUGUACGAUUCCUCCCAUGUGGAGACCGCCAUCAACGUGGCGAUACCCAGUCUUAUGCUCCGGCGCCUUAAGAAGGGCAACCUACCCUUAAAAUCCUUACUGGCGAACGGGGAAGACAAGGAGCGGUUCGCUAGGAGGUGCAAGACCGACGCGAUCGUGCUCUACGAUGAGUACAGCAGCGAGUGGAACGAGAAUGUGGACGGCGGCUCGGUACUUGGACUUUUACUGAGGAGGCUCAAAGAUGAGGGCUACAAGGCAUUUUACCUGGAAGGAGGAUUCAACAAAUUUCAGGCAGAGUUCCCUGCACACUGCGAGACAAAUCUGGACAGCUCCUGUAGUAGCAGUUCCCCCUCUGCUCCUGUUCUUGGCUUAGGGGGGCUUCGCAUCAGCUCUGAUUCUUCUGAUAUCGAAUCUGACAUUGACAGAGACCCCCACAGUGCUACUGACUCUGAUGGCAGCCCGUUGUCCAACACCCAGCCUUCUUUCCCAGUUGAGAUCCUGCCUAACUUGUACCUUGGCUGCGCUAAAGACUCAACAAACCUGGACAUUUUAGAUAAAUAUGGAAUCAAAUACAUCCUGAACGUGACCCCAAAUCUGCCCAACCUGUUUGAAAAUGCAGGGGAGUUCAAGUAUAAGCAGAUCCCAAUAUCCGACCAUUGGAGUCAGAACCUCUCUCAGUUCUUCCCAGAAGCCAUUGGAUUUAUAGAUGAAGCUCGGACCAAGAAGUGUGGCGUUUUGGUGCACUGCCUGGCAGGAAUCAGCCGGUCGGUCACAGUCACUGUGGCUUAUCUGAUGAAGAAACUCAAUUUGUCCAUGAAUGAUGCAUAUGACAUUGUGAAAAUGAAGAAAUCAAAUAUCUCACCAAACUUCAACUUCAUGGGUCAGCUGCUGGACUUUGAACGAACCCUAGGGCUGAACAGUCCAUGUGACAACAGGACCAGCUCUCAGCCUCUGUACUUCACCACCCCCACUAAUCAAAAUGUUUUUCAGCUUGACCCACUUGAGUCGACGUGAACCCCUGCAGCAGUGACCUGGUUACCAGCACUGAAAAUUUUACUGGCCACCUAAUGUCAAGAACCUUGACAUGAUUGACAGGACUGGUCUGAAAUAACAGUUGCCGGAUGUUCUUGCUGAAGGCCUCAGCUGCCGAAUUAUGGGAGCAGCUGUUGCGGAGAACGAGAGAAGGGGGUGGGGGGAAAGCUCUCAGUCUUCAUUCUUUCUGUCUUUUAGACCCUGACAGCAUUUUCCAUUGUCCCAAAGGUCUGAACGCCUAGAGGGCGCUGGGUGGGGAAAGUGUGGUGUGCGCUUGGCUAAAAUGAAGCACAACUUAAGUUGCAUGUGUGCAAUGGACUGGAAAAACAAAAAAAGCUAAGAAUUCCAAAGAAGUGUCCCUGGUCGACCUGGACUGUUUCAAGAGCACUCUUUCUUACAAGGCUGGGUCAGCUUUGGGUGGAGAGCAAUUUUUUUUUUAAGAUUGUCUUCUGUGAAGACUGACUUACAGUGGGAGAAGGGAAAUCUCACUGGUUCUUUCACAGCACUGUUACUGACAUUCUCUGUUCUUGUGGAGGAGUCUGUUUAAAAAAACUAUGUAUGAUGUAAAAAAAUAUUUAAAGUGCAUAAUCGCACUUGUUAAUGAACUGUUUAAAAAACAAAAAGUGGGGGUACUGAUUUUGAUUUUCUUUUCCCUUCUAUGUAUGCUGUCUUGGGUGUCAAAUAAGUAUAUUCAUAGUUUCACCAUGCCAAAAAGAGUUUCGGAGAAGUUGGAUACUUUAAUUGUAAUUUUUUUUUUUUGAGUGUCUGUGUGAACGGAGUUUAAUUAUCAUGGGGAAGCUUUUCUGGACUUUUCGCAUAGAGGCGUAAUUGGUUCAAGGUUACUCCUGCUGUUUUAAUCUUCCUGGACUGGAUCAUGUACCCCUGCAACACAUACUUUUUUGCAACUGAAAUUUUACAGCUGUCCACAGAGGUGCUACGCACGGCAUAAUUUAAUUUAUGGAAUGCAGAGAGAUCCUUCUGACUUUGUACAGUAAACAAAACCAUUUAUGAAUGAACACGUUAUGUUGUGCUGCAUGAAAUUAUUGUACAGUCAGUGCUCCCUGGUUUAAUUGUUCCUUUUCUGUGUGAAGCACUAAGCACGGCAUGGGAUUAAUACAAAAAGGGGAUAAGAAAGGAUGAGGUUUCUAUUAAUAUUCAUUUAAAUUUGCUAAAGCAAGGAGUAAGUUUAAAAAAAAA